AGUCGGAGGGCGGUGGAGGCGGAUUUCCUGGGAGGGCUCUCUGGAGCUACCAUGGCGUUUGGGAAGAGUCACCGCGAUCCCUACGCUACCUCCGUGGGUCACCUCGUAGAAAAGGCUACGUUUGCUGGAGUCCAGACUGAAGACUGGGGCCAGUUCAUGCAUAUCUGUGACAUAAUUAACACCACGCAGGAUGGGCCAAAAGAUGCAGUAAAAGCUUUGAAGAAAAGGAUUUCCAAAAACUACAACCACAAAGAAAUACAACUUUCCUUGUCACUGAUUGACAUGUGUAUGCAGAACUGUGGUCCUAGUUUCCAGUCUCUGAUUGUGAAGAAGGAGUUCAUUAAAGAUACUCUAGUUAAGCUGCUAAAUCCCAGAUACACCUUGCCGCUGGACGUUCAGAACAGAAUCUUGAAUUUUAUUAAGACUUGGUCACAGGGCUUCCCAGGAGGUGUGGAUGUAAGUGAAGUGAAAGAAGUGUACCUUGACCUGCUGAAAAAAGGGGUUCAAUUCCCACCUUCGGCUGCAGAGGCUGAGACAAGGCAGGAGGCUGCCCAGCUCUCACCCAAACGACCAACGUCUGUCCCUACUGCACCUGCUCUUUCUUCUAUAAUUGCUCCCAAGAACCCGACUAUUUCAUUAGUCCCAGAACAGAUCGGGAAACUGCUUAGUGAACUGGACAUGGUGAAAAUGAAUGUGAAAGUGAUGACUGCCAUAUUGAUGGAGAACAUUCCUGGGUCUGAAAACCACGAAGACAUAGAGCUCCUGCAGAAACUUUACAAGACGGGUCGGGAGAUGCAGGAGAGGAUCAUGGACCUGCUGGUCGUAGUGGAAAACGAAGACGUAACUGUUGAGCUAAUUCAAGUGAAUGAGGAUCUGAAUAAUGCCAUCCUUGGAUAUGAGAGGUUUACUCGAAACCAACAAAGGCUUUUGGAACAGAACAGGAACCCGCAGGAAGCCACCAAUACUUCCAAUGAGCCCUCUGCUCCUUCCUGUGAUCUUCUCGACCUUAGUCCCAUCCUGCCAACACCUAUGUCCAAUGGGGACGCACUCAACUCUGUGAAUGCUCAGCUUUCAGGCUUAAGUGUCAGCUCUCCGAGUCCUGUUAUAACAAACAACUUGUAUCCCAGGCUUCAUCCACAGGUGGACUUGCUAGCAUCAGAAAAUACAGAAAUACCCACCCUGUUUGCCCAAAGGACCAGCCAAAACCUCGCCUCAAGUCACACAUAUGAUAAUUUUCUGGAACACUCCAAUUCAGUGUUACUACAGCCAGUUAGCGUACAGACUGCCACAGCAGCACCAUCGAGCCAGAGACUGCCACCCUUGCCCAGUAAUCAUUCAGUGAUAACAAACAAUGAUCUCCAGCCACCCAAUUACUACGAGGUAAUGGAGUUUGAUCCCUUAGCUCCUGCUACAGAAGCUGUUUAUGAAGAAAUUGAUGCUUACCACCACAAAGGAGCUCAAAGUCAUAGUGACUGCUAA